ACAAACCAUACGAGUAUUCUAAAGCUGUGAAUGACAGUACUACUCAAAUCUCACUACAAAACGUAGAAGUAUUUCAGUUACAAACUCUACGUAUGAUAGGAUUGGAGAAUAUUUAGAUUUAACCAGGAACAGUUUUACCAACAAUAAUUUUUUUAAACUGAUAAAAGAAAGGUUCUGAGUUGAUCGGAAUAUUAUGGCGGUGUUUGGUGAGGCUGCUUAAUUCAGUUGUUUUCCGUUCACUCUAAAGUCCCUCCCAACUCCCGUCCUCAUCGGCCUAGACCAGCUUUUCCGGCGGGGGAGAUCAGUCCGACUAGUCGAAAAAUAGAAAUGGAUCGGUUUGUUUACGGGUUUUAGCUUGCGGGAAAAUGCUACUGAAGGGAAAAACACUUUUUCCCGCUCUGUGCUUUCUCACUACUGAUCAGGUGGGAAAAGGACGCUAGUUUCAGAUACGAGCAAUAAUGGAGAAGCAAUAAUCAAGAAGAGCUGGAGCCAGUACAGGAUGCACAGUCAUCGAAACCUGGAGGAGGGAACGGCCAUAUUCGAUACCGGUCUCCAUCGGCUGCCGAACUAUUUGAUGCACAGCAGCAAGUUCAGAUGGAUAAGACUUUGAAGCGAAACCGGCAUCAAGAGUCCAUGUACGACAAGAUCCUUAGAUGGCGUAGUCCCAUACUAUUGGUUUUAGUUCCUCUCCUACUUAUCUCCUUUGUGCUCUUUCUCAUGCCGGCAAAGUCCCCAACGGAUUCCAUCUCCCGGAAAAUUUUUCCCAACUUCAUGCCUACGCGUUAUGCGGUCAUCUUUGAUGCUGGUAGCUCUGGCAGUAGGGUGCAUGUCUUCUGCUUCAAUCAGCAGCUUGAUCUUGUUCCCAUGGGCCAAGAUCUUGAGCUCUUUUUACAGAGAAAACCGGGUCUGAGUGGAUAUGCAACAGAUCCUGAGGCUGCUGCAAAUUCACUCGCAGAUCUUCUUGAGAAAGCAGAAGCAGCAGUUCCUAGGGAACUGAGGCACAGCACACCAGUUCGAAUUGGGGCCACUGCAGGUCUACGGCAAUUGGAAGGCGAUACAUCUGACAGGAUUUUACAAGCAGUGAGGGACUUUUUGAAGAAUAAAAGCUCUCUUAAGUCCAAGGCGGACUGGGUAACUGUUUUGGAUGGAAAUCAGGAAGGCGCUUAUCAAUGGGUGACCAUUAACUACCUAUUGGGAAAUUUGGCCAAACAAUACUCCGGUACUGUUGGAGUGGUUGAUCUUGGGGGUGGCUCUGUACAAAUGGCGUAUGCUAUCUCAGAGUCAGAUGCUGCAAAAGCUCCGCAGGUAUCAAGUGGAGAAGACUCAUAUGUGCAGGACAUGUAUCUCAAGGGAAGGAAAUAUCAUCUCUAUGUUCACAGUUAUCUGCGCUAUGGUUUACUGGCGGCUCGAGCAGAGAUUUUGAAGGUUGAUGAAGAACAUGGCAAUCCAUGUAUAUUAGGGGGUUAUGAAGAUACGUACAAAUAUGGUCAAUCUGUAUACAAGGCAUCGGCCUCACCAUCAGGCUCCAGCCUUAGUAAGUGUCGAGAAACAGUAAUCAAGGCUUUGAAAGUCAAUGAAUCAUCAUGUACCCACAUGAAAUGCACAUUUGGAGGGGUGUGGAAUGGUGGUGGAGGGGAUGGCCAAAAGAAUUUGUUUGUUGCUUCAUUCUUUUUCGAUAGAGCUGCUGAGGCUGGCUUUAUUGAUCCAAGCUUGGCCGUUGCAAAAGUUCAUCCGGCCGAUUUUGAGGAUGCGGCUAAACGUGCUUGUGAAACUCAUCUGGAAGAUGCCAAGUCUAUAUAUCCUAAAGUGGAAUCUGGUAACCUGCCUUACUUGUGCAUGGACCUCGUCUACCAAUUCACGUUGCUUGUUGAUGGCUUUGGGCUUGAUCCGUGGCAAGAGAUUACUUUAGUGAAAAAAGUUAAAUACCAAAAUUCUUUAGUCGAAGCUGCUUGGCCGUUGGGCAGUGCCAUUGAGGCUGUGUCAUCACCUGCACGCUAAAUCUUAUUUAUUGUGGUUAGCACUCACUUUUGAUUGAUUGUGAAUGCAGCUUGGAAUAGGACUUGGUUAUAUCGUGUUGU